GGUGAGUCAGACAGUGCGGGCGGCAGUGUGGCGUGAGUGGCGGUGGAGGGAGGGUGUUGCUCCUGCUCUCGCGGCGCCGCUGACCUAACUCCACGACACGGGAGCGUCCUUGCCUGCGUGCCGACAACUAAGAAAACAUGAAGUGAAGUUGUACAAGUAAAAGUGACUACGUGAAGUACAAGCAGAGGACAAUACAAACACUACAGCUUCGUUCCUCUACUAAAACCUGUCCAAAGAAUCAUUACUUUCGAGAACACAAGGAAUGGAAAGCGAGAGCAAGGAAGGGAGGCGGAGUGACUUGAAGCACUAAGGAAAGAGACUGGAGAAGGAGGAAGAGAGAGAGAGAAAGAAAAUAACUUCAUUUGAGAGUAAGAAAAAGUGAGGGGAGUAAAGCGAAAGGAAGGGAAGCAAGAAGGAAGAGAAACGAACCUCCAUCAGCGAGUAAGAGGAAGAGGAAAUGAAGGAAGAAUUGAAGGACGAGAAGUGAAAGAAGAGAGAAGAAACUUUCUGAACGAGUGAGAGAAGAAAGAGGAAAGGAGGUGAAGGGAAGGGAAGCGAAGGACGAAAAGUGAAAAAUCAUAAGAGACUAACAGAAAGAUAAAAAGGGACUAAAAACAAGUGAAAAGGAAGAAGAAAGGAGAAAUUUUCGUCAGCCAGUAAGAGAGAAACAAAAGGGAAGUAAAUGAAAAGGAAGGGAAGAAAAGUACAAAAAGAGAAGAGAGAGAACUUCGUCAGAGCGGGAAGUGAAAGCAAGUGAACUGAAGUAAAGGGAAGGGAACCCAGGAGGAGAAACAGACGAAGUGCUUAAUAAAAGGAGAAAAAGGAAGUGAAGGAAGUAAAGGAAAACCAAUCAAGGAAGAAAGGAGGAAACUCAUCAGCGAGCAAGAGAAAGAGAGGGAAGUGGAGUGAAGUGAAGUGAAGGGAAGAGAAGGGGAGGGAAGCCAGGAGAAGAGAGAGAGAGGCGCUUUGUCAGGAGGUGAAGGGAAGGCGCGAGAAAAUUAAGUGUGAGCCAAUGAAGACAUAUAUGAAAAUUGGUGUCAGGAGAACACCGCCUCAGUGAGAGAGUCUGCCGCCACUCCCUGCCUCUCCCCUUCCAGCACGAACGCACACACACGCACACACACGCACAGAGAGAGAGAGAGAGAGAGAGAGAGAGAGAGAGAGAGAGAGAGAGAGAGAGAGAGAGAGAGAGAGAGAGAGAGAGAGAGAGAGAGAGAGAGAGAGAGAGAGAGAGAGAGAGAGAGAGAGAGAGAGAGAGAGAGAGAGAGAGAGAGAGAGAGAGAGAGACAGAGAGAGACAGAGACAGAGAGACAAAGACAAAGAUAGAUAGAUAGAUAGAUAGACAGACAGAUAGAUAUACAAAUACAUAGACAAAUACAUAGACAUAGAGAUAGACAGACAGACAGACAGAUAGAUAGACAGACAGACAGACAUGAAAAAGAACAUACACUCGAGCCAACAAAGCAACAAAAAGCAAACCAACAAACAGAACCAAACAAACAGGCACACACGCAGACACAAAACACACACACAAGGACUGGAAAAAGAGAAGCUCUAGAAAAAGUCGAGGAAAGAAUAGACAACAAAAAAGAAAAACAUACACGAACAUAAAGCAAAAAAAAACAGGGAAACGGUAAAAUAAAAGAAGAGGAAAAGAAAGAAAACAUACGAACAUAAAUGAGAAAAUUAUAAAAAAAAAGGAAAACACUCUGAUGAAUAGACAGAUAGAUACAUUCGCAAUACAAACCAAUACAAAACACAGACAGCAUACAAAGCCAGCAAGGUUCGAACCAGCGGUCUCUCUCUGUAUAUCUGUUAUGCAAGACGUUUACCGCUGAAUCGAGAAACUAAGCCUGAAGAGAACACAACAAGAAACUUCAGAAAAGAGAGUAAGAGAAAAAGGAUGCAAAGGAACACAGUUUUCCAAAGAGAGCAAUAGAUCAGUGGAAUACGUUAUCAAAGGAAGAUGUGGUGCGUGCAAACAGUUGACGUAAAUAUAAAGAAAAACAUGAAGAUUUGGUGUUAAGACGGGUAUUUUUACAAGUUAUACACACACACACACACACACACACACACACACACACACACACACACACACACACACACACACACACACACACACACACACACGGAACUUGACUCAACCCUGUUAACACACACACACACACACACACACACGGAACUUGACUAGAUCCUGUUAACACACACACACACACACACACACACACACACACGUACCGCUAUGCUGAGUGCAGACGUGAGUGUUCAGGUGCUGUGGGUGGGCACGGGGGCGGCGGCGGGGGUGAGCGGGGUGAGCCUGCUGGCGGCGCUGGUGGGGGGCUCCUGGUUGGUGUCCACGGAGCGGCUGUACAACCCGGCCUUCAGGAACGGAUCCUCCAAGGUGGAGUACUUGACCCGCCGCACCGUCAGCGGUCUCUUCACCCUCUGUGUCACGGAAGUGGGCAGGACGGAGCUCCGAUGUUCCCGUAUCGACUACUUCCCCUCAGAGACGUACAGCCCAGACCCCUCAGACGCAACGGCGGCCAUUCCCUAUGCGGUGCUGAGGUCCUGCGGGUUCUUCCUGAGUGCGGCGGGACUCCUGCUGGCGGCGGAGGUGCUGUGUGUUGGCGGGCGCUGCUCUCCUCGCCGCCGGUACCUCACCUUCCUCGCUGGCGUCACCUUCAUCAUCUCAGGGCUGACCAUGCUGCUGGGCGUGGUCAUCUACAUCGCCACCCUCAAGGGCGAGGUAGGGGACAGGCUGCGGCCUCGCUCAGCCUUCCAGCCGCCGCUCUUCACCUACACGUAUGGCUGGUGCUUCCUACUGUUGGUGGUGGCCUUCGUCAGCACGGAGAUGGCGGGCACGGCGGCGGUCUUCCUGUUCAUCUAUCGUCACAAGCGUGAGUGGCUGCAAAAGAGACAGCAGCUGCCUCUGUCUCUUCCCGCCCCCGCCAGGCCACGCCCUCGACCCCCACACCCGCCUCUCAGGCAGCAGGUGCCAGUGUGCCUCCACAACCACGUUCCCCCUCGGGCCGCCGAGCACACCACGCUCCCUCCCAGGGAGCGGCGCUCCCUCACUGACCUGCACGCGGCGGACAACUGGGCCAGCAAGCCUGCAGUUUCCCGAGGCGCCAGCCUCCCACGCUCCUUCACCCGGAGUCCUUCACUGGCCACCGUCAGCGGCGUACCCCCGCGCUGCGGUUCCCCAGAGAGAAGUGCUCCAGCUAGGUGCAACACACUGCCUAGGGCCACUGCCCCUCGCCCCUGUGGCCCCGUGCCGCAGAUCAGGGUGACUCCUGCCGAGGGCUGUGCAGCCUGCUGUCCUUGCUACGCCUGUUGUUGUUGUUGUUGUUAUGGCGACGGCCGGUCCCCGUGGCCACCACCAUCCUACCGAGGGCCCAGUAUGGGACCCUCGCCCCCUUGUGACUGCCACCGCCCUCCGCCCGUCACCCGCAAGCCACCGCAGACCUGCCCGCGGUGCACCCGGGAAAGUCAGUACGGCCUGAGGGACCCCGGACGUCCCCCAAACACCAUGCCAGUGUGACGGCCGGCCGGGGUGCUGGGGGCGCGCUAGUGGCUCCACACCCUCAGGCACCCCACUCUCAGGAACACCCGAGCCCCUUAGAAACACACCGCGCCGGUGAAAGCUCACCGCCACACGACGCGACAAUGUACCAAUAAGACGAGGUUCCUUAAU